AACAGGCUUUACAUCAACAAACCCUGCCUCGCUGCCAGCUCGCUCAGGAGCCUGCGUUUGUGCUCGCGUGCGUUCAGACACAGCAGCUGCGCGCGUGUGUGCGUACGUGUGCGCGUGUGUGCGCGCGUGUGUCUUCGCAUGCGUGAGCACGCGUGGCCCGUGUGCCUUCCGCCACUCACCUGAGGAUACCCCACUGUCUGCCUCCGGCCACCUUCGUCUCAGAUCCCCAGCCACCAUGCCUCACCGACUCACCCUCAGCCUGCUGGUCUGGAGCUGCGGCCUGCUGGUCCAUAACUGCACAGCGCAAGAGGGGGACUGCCACUGCAACCUGAGCCACGGGCGGUGUGAUGAGAGUGGCGUGUGCAGGUGCGACCCAGGCUGGGAGGGGCCUCAGUGUGAAGACUGCGUGCGCAUGCCGGGGUGCGUCCACGGCUCCUGUGACCAGCCCUGGCAGUGCACCUGCGAGAGCGGGUGGGCCGGACGCUUCUGCGACAAAGAUAUCUAUGUGUGCGCCAAUGAGCAGCCCUGCCAGAACGGAGCCACAUGCUUCACCAAUGACAUGGGGGAUUACUCAUGCUUCUGUCCCGAGGGCUUCCAUGGCAAGCACUGCGAGCUGAAGACAGGGCCUUGCCAGAGGACCAGGUCCCCCUGUAAGAACGGCGGUCUGUGCGAGGACAGUAACGGCUUUGCCUCGGAGCUGUCGUGCCGGUGCCUGGCGGGCUUCGUGGGGCUGCGCUGCGAGGUGAACGUGGAUGACUGCCUGAUGCGGCCCUGCGCCAACGGCGCCACCUGCGUGGACGGGGUCAACCGCUUCUCCUGCCUCUGCCCCGCGGGCUUCGCCGGCCGCUUCUGCACCGUCAACGAGGACGAUUGCGCCAGCCGGCCGUGCCUCAACGGCGGGCGCUGCCUCGACCGCGUCAACGCCUUCCAGUGCCUCUGCCCCCCCGGAUUCACCGGGGCCACCUGCGAGGGCGAGCUGUGGAGGCCCGGCCCAGAGACCCGCGCGCCCGCCUGGACCUCCCAGGGCUGGGCGGGAGGGGGAGGGGCCGGGGCGUCGCAGGGCAACUCCUCCCAGAGGGUGACACCCAGCAGAGCAGGCCAGCUGCUGAAGAUCUCGGUGAAGGAGGUGGUGACGCAGCGAGGGGCGGGGCUGACAGAAGCCCAGCUCAUCACCCUCCUGGUGCUGGGGGGGAUGACGCUCGCCGUGGUGGCGCUGACGGCCGCCCUGGUGCUGCGGGGCCACUGGCGGGACCGCUGCGCCCGCUGCCGCUGCGAGCCCCCGAGGGCACACCACACCCCUGCCGAGCAGGACUGCAAGAUCAGCUUCCUGCAUGACCCCGCCCCCGGGCUGGAGAAGAAGAGGCUGAACACACAGGUCAUUUAGCCCCGCCCAA